CUCUGUGUGCUGUGUAUGUGUGUGUGGGUGUGUACGUCUGUGAGUGUGUGUGCUGUGUCUCUCUCGACGCAGGAGCGCGCGGUAGCGACGUGGACCGAAAUGAAAGUCGCGCGCCACCGCGGAUCCAUGGAAUAAUGUUGGAGUAGAAGGGCGCGUGACGAGUGCAUGAAUGCACACACCCGAUACGACCUGGUCUUACUUUUAUAUUUGACCUCAAUUGCCUUGUUAUAGGCUUAUUUUUGUUUACUAUUUCUAGUUAUUGUUGUUUGGGUAUUUGGUUUCUUACGCGCGCGAUGGCCGUGCGCAGCAGCUCCUUUAUUCCUUUCUCUAUUCAGGCCAUUUUAAACAGAAAAGGGGUGGAAGAGGAGGAAGAAGAAGACGAAGAUGAAGAAGAAGAGGAAGAAGAAGAAGAAAAAGACGAAGGAAGGCGCAGAUUGAAAGAGCUCGAUAUGUGUUUUUCGAAAGGCGCGUGCUGGAAAAUAUUCGGUGGAACGCAUGAGGAGGAGGACAGUGAUAGGGGGCAAAAGGAAAGGGAAAGGGAAAGGGAGAGAGCGCGUGUGGCGGCGAGCCACCACAAGAGCUACGACUCAGACUCUGGGCUCAGCGAGGACCACCAACACGACCACCACCACCACCACCUCGAUGAUGAACGUGAGGCGAAAAACGGAUCGUCGCGUGAGGAGCGGGACGGCUGUGACUCGCGCGCAUUGGAUGAGAGUUUUCACGACGAGACAGACCGAGAAUCCACAGCUGCGGAGCAAGCACGAGAACUUAGUGACUGCGAGCUAUUAGCCAGCGUGUCCGAUUGUAAUAACGCAGAGGAAAAGGUCUCAGAGCAGCCCGGCGGAAAGCAACGUAAGAAACGCUCUCGCGCAGCCUUCUCACACGCGCAGGUGUUCGAGCUCGAGCGCCGUUUCAGCCACCAACGCUACCUGAGCGGACCGGAGCGCGCGGACCUGGCGGCGUCGCUGAAGCUGACGGAGACACAGGUGAAGAUCUGGUUCCAAAACCGCCGCUACAAAACCAAAAGGCGCCAGAUGGCCGCGAGCAGCGCCGCGUCUGCCGCUGCCGCCGACUUACUCCUGCCCGCUGCCAAACGCGUGGCCGUCAAAGUGCUCGUGCGUGACGACCGCAGGCAAUAUUCUCCCGGAGAGCUCCUGCUCCUGCGCCCGCCGCCGCUCCUCGCGCUCCAGCCACCAUCUUCUUCAUCUUCAUCAUCAUACUGUUACUACUAUCACCCGAACCCGUACUGUGCGCCCGCUUGGACCCUGUCCGCGUCCUCGUGCGCUGGGAACCAGUGAACCAGGCACGAGGGAGAAAAAAACCAACAACAAGAAAAAUACAGAAGUGCUUUGUUUGUUUGUAUGUUUGUUUGUUUGUUUGAUUGGAUUUUAAGCUCCCAACAAGUACAAAAAGGAGGGAGACACAAGACACUGCGUUCAACUGUUUUAAGCUGAAACAAACCUAAAGACUGAAUGACAUCACUUUAUUAUAUUAUUAAUGCGAUACUUUUUGGUAUUAUUGUUAUUGUUGUUUUUAUUCCUGAAUGUAUAUGGGAAGUUACGUGUUUCCGUUCCUUUUCUUUUUUUCUGUUCAAAGCGUACUGGAAAGCAGUAACGCGUCACUUACAAACAGAGAGACAUGUGUAGGUGAAAACGGUAAGACUCCAGCACUUCUGCUAUAUAAUCUUAUUCUUGAGCAACUGUGUGUGUGUGUGUGUGUGUGUGUGUGUGUGUGGCCACAGAUGAAGACUAGUAUUAGUAUGAAACGUUGUUGCUGUUUACAGACUGAUACAAAGAGGCGAUCAUUAAAACACACAUGAAGCUCUGCGUGUGUGUGUGUGUGUGUGUGUGUGCGUGUGUGUGCGUGUGUGUGUUGUAUACACUUUGUCAUUGAGCAGAAAGGUUUAUUAAAGGUGUUUAAGUGACAGUUGAGCUGUUGGGUGUCGUCACAUUUCUAUUUAAAUGGACGAGAUUCUAUACCUUAUUAAAAUAUUUCAUCUGAUAGAAUUUCCCAUAUUUUAUUAUUAUUAUUAUGAUUAUUAUGACUAUUAUUAUUAUUAUUAUUAAUAUGUAAUGUUAGCCUAUAUAGAUCUAUCAGGCUUUGAGAAUUUGUGUGUGGUUGAUGAAUGUUCCAUCACAGGGCUCAUGCGUUAUUUUUAUGUUUUAUGGCCCUGCGUGUGUGUCCUAGACAUUUCUGUGAACGUGUCGUUAAGGUGAUUUAAAUUCCCCAUACUGCUUUAGUUGGUGAUUUAAUGCGACCCUGCACGUGCCGAUGAGCUCCACACGUCUGGAAAAAAAAACAAAAAAAAAACACCACCACCAAGAGGCACAGCAACGGAUUAGUUUAAUUACGCAUAGAUUGUUUGUCUUUUUAAACCAUGCUAUUUUCUUAAUUCUCCUCAAACGCUGAUACGCUCGAAUUGUUUGAUGGGGUUAUUAUCACUGGGUUAUUGUCUAAUUUAUUCAAUCCUUCAAUUCCUUAUGGUGUUGAUCAUCGAGGGUGUUUUUGUCAUGGAUAGAUUCAUUGAUUAUAACAGGUUUUAUUAGGCUCGUAAAAGACAAUUUCC